AUGUCGUUAUACACAACAUACAGCAUAACAAUGCAAUUCUCAUCAAUUAUUGAUUAUAAUUUUAUAACAUAUGAUAAUGAUCAAUUUGUUAAUAGCAAUCAACAGUGUCAAGAAUGUCAAGAACAUCAGAAAAUCCAAGAAUCUUCACAACAUAACGAGCAUCAAGAAAAUCAGAAAUAUCUAGAAUUUCAAGAGCAUCAAGAAUACUCACGAUCUCAAGGAUCUUCACAACAUCAAGAACAUCAGGAAUAUCUACAAUCUCAAGAACAUAAUGAAUAUUCCCAACAUCAAGAAUAUUCUCAAGUUCAAAGAUAUCAAAUAGAUAUUUCUAUAAGAUUAUCACAAAUGAAGGCGAUGAUAUAUGGUAGAAAUGUCAAAACAAAUUUUUUGGAAUGGUUUCCACGUGAUCAACUUUAUAUUUUGGAUUAUAUUGGUACAUGUGAAUUUGGAAUAUCUGAUGCACUCUAUAAUAUGUUUAAAUAUUAUGGGGUUGUGUUAUUUCCUGAACUUAACAAAUAUGGAAUUGUGAUGCAGUAUUGUAAUGGCGGUAGCUUAACACAGUAUAUGAAUCAAAAUUGGAGCUUUACGAGCUGGAAAAAUAAAUUGGAAAUAUUACUUGAUAUAGCAUCUGCGUUGAAUUCAUUACAUAAAGAAGGUUUAAUACAUGGAAGUCUAAACAGUGACACGGUAUUAAUUUCAUCAUCGUUAGAUUCAUCAUCUACGUCAUCAAACGCGCCAAAGGCAUACUUGAACGAUUUAAAAUAUUGUAAACAUAUCGACAAAUUUGAAAAGCAUCCUGAAGGACUGAUGUAUUUCACCGCACCAGAACUAUUAAUGGACAGAUCUAAACCUUUCAGCAAAAAAGUUGACAUUUAUAGUUUUGGGAUGAUAAUGUAUCACGUGGCCACCAGCCAAUUGCCGUAUGCAUCAAUAGACAAUAGGCUUUUAUUGGAGUUUUUCGUGUUCAAUGGAAUAAAACCUGUCAUUCCUUCUGGUCUAACAUUGCCAAAUUAUUAUCAUGCACUAAUUCAAAGAUGCAUCAGUCGAGAUUCAAAUAAACGACCAGAUAUCAAGGAUAUAAUUUACAAUUUGUCGGCUUGGAUAUUAUGUUUAACAAAUAGUGAAUCUCCGUCUAUACAAAUUACCUAG